CAGGCCGUCGGGGUGCAGGAGGUCUGGGCCACCGCGAGGAGCCGUCGCCGGCCGCUGGGCCCCGCCUCUAGGCCGCUCGACGACGACGCUCCCGCGGGUGCCCCGCCUGAGGAGGACGCGGCGGCGGCGGCGGCGAGGCCGCGGAAGGCCGCGGAGGAUGGAGGAGCGGAAGGAGGAGGGCGAGGCCGAGAUCCAGGAGCACGGGCCCGAGCACUGGUUCUCCAAGUGGGAGCGGCAGUGCCUGGCCGAGGCUGAACAGGACGAGCAGCUGCCCCCGGAGCUGCAGGAGGAGGCGGCGGCCGCCGCGCAGCCCGAGCACAAGCAGCAGAAGCUGUGGCACCUCUUCCAGAACUCGGCCACCGCCGUGGCCCAGCUCUACAAAGACCGAGUGUGUCAGCAGCCAGGACUUUCUCUCUGGGUCCCCUUCCAAAACGCAGCCACCGCCGUCACCAAUCUCUACAAAGAAAGCGUGGAUACUCAUCAGCGGAGUUUUGAUAUUGGAAUUCAGAUUGGCUAUCAGCGACGCAAUAAGGAUGUGUUGGCUUGGGUUAAAAAGCGCAGAAGAACUAUUCGUAGAGAAGAUUUGAUCAGCUUCCUGUGUGGAAAAGUUCCUCCACCACGAAACUCUAGAGCUCCCCCAAGACUGACUGUAGUGUCCCCUAACCGAGCUACUUCAACGGAAACUAGCUCAUCUGUAGAGACUGAUUUGCAACCCUUCCGGGAAGCCAUAGCUCUGCAUGGUCUUAGUGGUGCAAUGGCUAGUAUAAGCGUGCGUUCGAGUGCCCCAGGCUCUCCUACACAUGUAAGCAGUGGAUCGAAUGCUAGUCGAAGGAGAAAUGGACUCCAUGAUGUCGAUUUGAACACUUUCAUAUCAGAAGAAAUGGCACUCCACUUGGACAAUGGUGGAACUAGAAAGCGUACCUCAGCCCAGUGUGGCGAUGUCAUUACAGACUCACCAACCCAUAAACGCAACAGAAUGAUCUAAACUGCAGACAUUUUCACACCCACCAUGCUGCUUGAAAGCCACUUGAUCCUCAACAUAUACUAUUAUUGCAAAGGAAACGUGAGGCCAUCUUCCCUUGUUCACUGCUUAAGACAAGUGAAUUCUAUAGUGGUUGCCAUAAAAGGAAGUUCUAGGUAUUUACAGUAGAUGCCUCUCGUACUAUGGCUUUCUUAAAACUAUAAUCCUAGCAGAGGACAUCAGAUACCGUGUAGUCGUUAGCAAGAUCAUCAUAGGCAAACAUAUAUCCGUUUCAAGGCUAAAAGUGACCUUAACUGUAUUUAUUCUCAAAGGGAAAGGAAAUAUCAGAUGUUUAUUUGGUUAUAGAAUUUUUUUUUUUUGCAGGGGUGGGGGGUUCAUUUCCUGCUGUGUUGAGUAUUUUGCUUCAACAGUAUUGCCAGGUUCCUAAAAUUGUCUAAAACACACGAUUUGGCUUCCUCGUCAAAUCUCCAGGCUUCCAUUUUUGCAGCCGCACUGUACCAUGCACCUGGUUUCUCUACAGUAGCAGUGUGCAACUUCUAAUUAUUGGACUGUGCCCUUAUUUUAGUUUUGAAAGCAGUUUCUAAUUCUGGUGAUUGUGUGAUGUAAUGAGGUGCUAUGAUGGUCAUGCAAUUAAUACUUAUUACUGAAUCAAUACACAGAACUUUAUUGGAUUCACUUUGUGUGUGUUAGUGCUCUAAAAAUAGCAAUAUUAUUAAAUUGCCCCCAGAUUAACCCUGUAGGCUUAAAAAUUUUUAUUUUUAAGACAAGUACUACUUCCCAUGCAGGGAACUAUCCUUACGGUAAAUAUAAACAUGUAGACUGCGUUCAAGGUGACCUAAGGGAGAGAGGUCAUGAACUUUGAGAACGGGCUUCCUUUUUGCUUCAGUAAUAGUGAGAGGGAGAUGGAUGGUGGGAGGGUAGGUAUUCUAGUCUUUCAUAUCCUGUUCUACACUUUUCAUGAAUGUCCUACCUUGUGCAGUUUCCGCUGGAAUGGGUGGAAGGUAAAGGUCCUUUAUCUGCUAAUAAUGUGAUCACAACUUAAAUAGCAAAACCCAACUCUCCAAUCCCUCUCCUGUAAAGUGCAGUUUGGAAUCUCAUUCUGGAAAAGACGGAAUCGCAUGGAGGUUCUCUAGAUGUUAGGUAGACCUAAAUAAAAGUUCUCAAUAGAUUCCUCUUUUGAGUAAAUAUAAGACCUCUUGUAGCUACAAUGUUUUAGAGCAUGUUUCAUCUUCAUUUUUAAUAUCUUGAACUGAAUGGUAGUCUUUUUUAGAUGAAGAACUGAUGUCAGCCUGCCAGGUACUGUAAUUUAUUCUAUCAUAUUAUAUAUAUAUCAAGUAGGACAGUGAAAAUGUUUCCUUGCAAACUUGUAGUCCAGUAUGAGCUACUUCCUGUUUUUAUCCUUAAGACCAUUGCAAAUCAGUGUAAGGGUUUUUCCAGUAAUUACUCACAGCACUUUGUUUGCAGUUUCUUCAGCCAUUUAAUAAUCAUUCUGUGAAGAAACUUUGCUAAGUUAACCAUAAUAUUCAUUGACCGGGUGGGGUGUGAAUGGAAUGUUAGAAAUGUGCGAACUGAAGUUCUGUAUUCACUAUAGAUACAGCCCUUAUUUAAAAGAAGUCAACUCCAUACUAAACCUAGGCACGAAAGUGAGGCAUUUCUAAGUUUUUGCAAAAGUGGAUCAUUUCUCCUUUGGUUUGAAUAUGAUAGCAGGAAGAAUGAUAGCAAUCUGUCAUUGUACUGAGAUGGGUAAGCCUGUGUAUUACGAAUACUUUGAAGCUUCCCUCUGGAAUAUACCAAGAGUUAUUUUUGUUUGUCUAUCGUUGUAAAUUUAGAUUCUGGGAUUUUGGUGGUGUGAAGCAUUGCUCAGAAGUGGCCAGAGCUCCUCUUCCUAAAGGAUCUUGAGACUGAGGAACACAUACUUAGCCUCCCCUUUAUGCCUUGGUUCUAGUUCCUCUUUCCAAGUUAAAUAACGCUUUUUUUUUUUUUUUUUUUUUUUGGUGGUUGUUUUAGUUGGUGCUCUGAAGCUUAAUCUCGAUACCCUUUACUCUGGAUUGUCAAAUUUUGAUAAAACAUGUGCCAUUUUCUUUGGUAAGAGAAAGCAGGUCUUCACGUCCGCCAGGACACAAUUUAUAUAUCUUACUGGCUCCAUUAAACUUUUUAAAAACCUUA